AUGAUUGAGCCCAUAGGGAAUCAAUAUGUUGUGUCCAGACAAGUAUAUUCACAAAAUGCUUUUAGUGAAGAAUACAAGAAGAUGAAAAGAAGCCAUAAGACUAUUUGGAACAAUAUCGGGAUGUACUUUAGGUGCUCCUCACAAAAGGCCAAGAAUAUUGCCCUUUCUUUGUUCCCUAUAGUCUCUUGGUUACCAUCAUAUCGAAUAAAAGAAUGGCUGCUCAAUGAUAUUGUUUCUGGUGUCAGCACUGGGCUGGUGACUGUACUGCAAGGUCUGGCUUUUGCUUUGCUGGUAAACAUCCCCCCAAUUUAUGGACUUUAUGCAGCCUUUUUUCCAAUGAUAGUCUACCUCUUCUUAGGAACUUCUAGACACAUAUCUGUUGGUCCCUUUCCAGUUCUGAGCAUGAUGGUGGGAGCCGUAGUUGUGGCUCAGCAAGGCAACAGCAACAUAAAUGGCACCGAAACUACUGGGAAUAAUAGUUCAUCAUUAGAUGAUGAGAGAGUAACCAUAUCUGCUACUAUCACCAUACUAGCCGGAAUUAUUCAGCUGAUCAUGGGAAUAUUACAGAUUGGAUUCAUCGUUAACUACUUUUCUGAGUCACUAAUCAGCGGCUUCACAACAGCUGCAGCAGUUCACGUUUUGGUGUCCCAGCUGAAAUUUAUGCUCCAGAUCACAGUCCCUUCACACACUGAUCCUUUUUCAAUUUUCAAAGUUCUGGAAUCUCUCUUUACACAAAUCGAGAAGACUAAUAUUGCAGAUCUUGUGACAUCCCUCAUAAUCUUGGUAAUCGUGUCCAUAGUUAAAGAAAUAAAUAAUAGGUUCAAAGAUAAACUUCCAGCACCCAUUCCAAUUGAACUCAUUCUGACAGUCAUUGCAGCAGGUGUGUCCUAUGCUUGUGAUUUAAAAGGCAAAUUUGGUGUGGCAGUGAUUGGUCAAAUGGAAAGUGGAUUUAAGGCACCUAUUACACCUUCUUUGAAGGUAUUACAAACUGGAAUUGGUGAUGCCUUCUCCAUUGGGAUCGUUGCAUUUGCUGUGGCAUUUUCCGUUGCGAGCGUAUAUUCUAUUAAAUAUGAUUAUCCCAUUGAUGGAAAUCAGGAGUUAAUUGCUUUUGGAGUGGGAAACAUCCUUGGUGGGGUAUUCAGGGGAUUUGCUUCAAGCACUGCGCUCUCCAGAUCAGCGAUUCAGGAAAGCACAGGAGGCAAAACUCAGAUCGCCGGGUUAGUGUCAUCUGUGAUUGUUCUGAUUGUCAUGUUGGCCAUUGGAUUUCUUCUGGAACCAAUACAAAAGUCUGUGUUGGCAGCUUUAGCUCUUGGAAAUUUAAAGGGGAUGCUGAUGCAGUUUAAAGAAGUGCCCAUUUUGUGGAGAAAGGACAAGUAUGACUGUGUAAUUUGGGUUUUUACCUUCCUGGCUGCUGUUAUCCUGGGGCUUGGAUUGGGGCUAGCAGCUAGUGUCGCAUUCCAGCUCCUCACCAUUGUGUUUCGAACUCAGUUAUCUACUUGUUUUGUAAAAGUUCUUAUAGUUGAAUGGAUCCCAAAAGAUGAAAUCGCCAGGGUUCUCUUUAAGUUUCUGACCUCAAAUUGUUCUCUUAAAGAUGUGGUUUUUGUUUCACAGAUUUUACAAGAAUUUCUCAGGAUUGAAGUGGAUGUGUAUAUUAUUGGGUGUGAUGAGGAUUUUGUAGAAAAACUUGAAUGUUGUGGCUUUUUUGACCAAGAAGUCACAAGCUCAAUAUUUUUCCUGACAAUUCAUGAUGCCGUUUUGCACAUUUGGAUGAAAAAGAACUACUUUAUUUCAAAGUCUGACCCCAGUCAGGAGACUGAAAGUAAAGAUCAUUUUAUUAUAAACACAAACGGAGGACUACGCAAUAGAGAACGGGUAUCUGAAACAAAAUUUUAA